GCGUCUAUCUACAGCACCGAUUAAGGAUCGGCAUACCCUUUUCAAGGCGAGCAGUACGUUUGUUUUUUGCUGCUGCUGAAUCCCCUCACCCAUUGAUAUUUCAAGUGGGGCCCUCAGGCGAUGCAGCAACAGCAGCAAUUGAUGCAUUUAUGCUGCCUCAAGGAAAGCGAAAGAUUCUUAUCUUUAUUAAAAACGAUCCCGGAGUAGAGAUCACACUCGCAAACAUCAGCAGCACAGUUGCUGCGAUGGAAGUAUCUUUAAAUGUCUUAGAGGCAGCAACAUCUUUAUGCAAAGAUAUUUAUCUUCAUGCAAUCCAACAUGCACCAAAAGAAGGUGAUGCUGCCUCCGGGUCUUUGAUGAUGAGAGAAGUUUUGCAAAAGUUUUGCUGCUUUUUAUUAAAACUGCAAGCAGCAGCAGCAGCAGUGAACGGCCGCUGCGUGCUGCCAGCUCCUUAUUAUGAAGCCUCAGCAGCAGCCGAAGCAGCAGCAGAAGCAGCAGCAGCAGCAUCAGCAGCAGCUGAACCAGCAUCAGCAACAGCGCCAGGAGCAGCAUCAACAGCACCAGCAGCAGCAGCAGCAGCGCCGGCAGCAGCAGCAGCAGCAGCAGCGCCUGCAGCAGCAGCAGCAGAAGCAGCAACAGCAGCAGUAAAUAGCGCUGAGAAGACUCGUCGCAGCGCGGAUGCGCAAGAGGAGAUAGAUUUUUGGAUUGAGCGCUUUGCUGCCUUAUCCUUCGCGCAGCAGCAGCUGCAGCAGCAGCAUGUGCAGCAGGUGUUGUCUUUCCUGCAGCAACAAAACAGCAGCUACUACCCAGCAUUUAUUAAUCUUCUGCAGGAAUUAAACAAAGCCCAAGCAGAAGCAAAGGAGAACGCGAAAUAUCUUGGCCUGCUGCAGCCCUGGGUGAAGAAGUUAACGGAUGAGACGGCUGAGUUGUCAGCAGUAGCAGCAGCACUUCCUCCUUUAUUUGAAUUGCUGCUGCUGGCAUCGCAGCACUGCAGCACGUUUAAAAAGCCCACACGACUCAUUUUGCUGCUGAGAGGCAUCAGCAACGCAAUCAUAAAACAAUGCAUGCGUUUUGUCUCUGGAGCGGAGGUCUUCAAGUUGCUGCAGCAAGACGAAGCAAAAGAAGCAGCAGAUAAACUCGCCGCUGCACUCGAAGUGUGCGACUUGAUGAAGAGUUUAUAUGAGGGCUAUGCUGUUGAGGCAGCAGCAGCAGGAAAGCCGUGGAAUAUAAAUAAAAAAAUUAUAUUUCUUCGUCUUGACUCCUACUGCAGCAGAAAUGCCGCUCUUUCUUCUGUUGUAAAUACAGCGCAGCAAUUCGAUAAACUUGAAAAAAUCGAAAUCUGCGGAUCCAAAGGCAACCAGCUCUCUGCUAACGUGCAGCGGCUGCAUGCAGAGUUCAAAGAAUUAAUGGAGGAAUUCCAGCAAAUUAAAUUCGAUCUGCUCGAUAUUCAAGAAAAAGAAGCAGAUGCACACUUCCAGUUAUUCAGUUCUUCUUUGUUGUCUCGCUUGAGGCUGAUUGAGGCAUUUAGCCCUUUACUAUCUCGCCCUUCCCUGAAGGAAGCAGCAGCCUACCACCACCCUCAGCUGCUACAACAGCUGAAGGAAGAAGUGCAGACAGUGCAUGCGCUCUUUCUUAGCGGCUGCAGCGAGGACAGCAGCAGCAGCAGCAGCAACAGCAGCAGCAGCGACAGCAGCAGCAGCAACAACAACAACACCUUUAUCUAUAUUAAUCGCCCCCCAGUUGCAAAGGCUCUUAGCUGGGCUGCUGCUCUUCUUAGCCGCAUUAAGGAGCCCCUUGAUCGCAUGCAGAAAUUAGGAAUUCUCCUCUCUCCAACAAAUGCAGAUACUGAACCUGUCACCAAGCAGUGCUACGGGGUCAUCGCGGCAAUUCAACAAUUCCAAGAAAAAAUCCGGAGCGAAUGGAGCGAGCGGGAGGUGGAGCCAUCUCGAGCAAAGUUAGGUCUGGUUUUGCUGCGGCGUUCUCCCGAGUUGCUGUUGCAUGCAAACUUUCACCCUCAGUUGAGGCAGCUGCUAACAGAAGUUAAAUAUAUGCAGCUGCAGCAUCUCCCUGUUCCUGCUGGAGCCAAAGCAAUUCAUGAGAAGGCUGAGGUGUAUAGACAGCAGGUCACCGCACUGCAGUCGGUUUGUAACAAAUACAACAGAGUGUUAACUGGUUUGCUGCCAAACCAGCGCCCUUUGCUAGCAGACCGUCUUGGAGAAAUCGAUAAGAUAAUAGAGCCGGGUCUCACGAGUUUAAGUUGGGAGAGCGAAGGAGUGGAUGAGUUUAUUGCUGUUGCUGCUGCUGCUGUUGCGGAUGUCUUCUCCGUCUGCAACUCCAUUACCAACAACCUACAAACAUCUUUCAGUCUUCUCAGCAGUUGGAGUGAAAGACCUUUAUUUGAACGCAAGGCAAAGCCCAUGGCAGUUGAAGAUGUGGAGCAACUCGUUAAAGCGGCAAUUGCAAACAAGAGCCACCAAAUAGCAGAAGAGGGAAAAGAACUCCAUAAAAUGCUCAAGGAUUCCGCAGAUGCACUCAAAGCCACAAAAGCUAUGAGCCCCCGCCCUGAGGCCUCCCCGCUUUUUGAAGUGAAGUUGGAGUUAUUAGACAAUGAAAUGGAUAUCGUCCCGUCCUUCAGAGAUCAGCACGGGGGUAUUUGCAAAGUUGUUGAGGGAUGGGUCGGCGAUAUCCUAAAAAGUGCAGCAACAACAACGCGCCUCGACUCAGGGAAAGGGGAUUACGUCGCUGACGUCAAGGAGUCUUACAGCUUCAUGGCUGGCCGCGCUCGUCUUACUGAGUUGCUGGAGUCGACAGAAAGACGACUGAAUGAAUAUUUGGCUGAGACGCGUCGAUUUGAAUUCCUCUGGAAGAAAGACCCCCAAAAUGACUUAGAAGAGUUUAUUAGUGAGUCUCCUAAAGAAGUGUUUCCUUCUAUAGAAGAAGAAGGAGAAACUCUUGAAAAUGUACUUGAACUCGUAGGCGUCGACUUGGGAAGAAGAAUUCCGGACCUAACGUGUUUUGACGAGAGGAUAUCAUUUUUUGAGGGUCUGCGUUCUGAAGUAGCGGAGUUACGUACUCCAGUAGAUGUUUGUUGGCUAAGAGUGAAUGCACAACCAGCAAAAAUACAACUGAGCCAAUUGGCCUCUGCAUGGGCUUCUCAUUAUACAGAGUUCCUUCUUAGCUGCUGCCUCGCGAGAGCAGACGCACUCACCCAAUUCAUUAUGAGAAUGAACGAAUGCCUUUCAGUAAAGCCGCCAACAGCAGAGAGCGAAGAAGAAGAUACAACAAGCAGCAGCAGCAGCAGUAGCAGCAGCAACAGUCAAGAGCAGCAGGGGGCUGAGGCGGAAGCAAAAGAAAUAAACAUCAAUAAAGACACCCUCUAUAAAUUCAUGACGUAUAUAAGAGAUGUCAAAAUAGCAAACGAUCCCAUCAAACGACUCCUGGGACCCGUAGCGCUAUUAAAGAAGCACGGUUGUUUGGUGCCGGAGUGUCGUUUGCAAGCGCUGGAUGCGGCUCCGUCUCGAUGGGAGGAGGUGAUAAGAAAGGCAUUUGAGGCGAAAGAGGCCAUAUUACCUCUUCAAAAUGCAGAAGUAUUGAAUAUAAAAGCAGCAUUAGAUGGCUUCCUUGCUGCCGUUAAGGAAUAUCAAACAAAUUUCUUACGUAUCCCUGCCGCUGAUCCCACAACAAACCCUGAAAACGCAUAUAAUGCCAUUGAUGAAUUCUAUGCAAAGUGCCUCAAACUCGAACAACAAGCAAAAGAUCUAAAUAACCUCGAAACGUUAUUCGAUAUCGCCAAGUCCCAACACAAAGAACUCAAAGACUGCAAAGAAGAACUCAGAACUCUUAAGGCAAGGAAAAUGCAUACACCAAAUAAAUAA